GCGUGAGGCGGACCAGUUUCGGUGACAUUUGCUAAGGAAGAGGAGGAGAAAGACGAGGAGGAGGAGUACAGUUUUAAAGUGAACCUUUUAGCGAUUCUGUGGUUCUCCCACUCCUCAGCUUGGAGUUAUGUAUCGUCGGCCUCUGCUGAGCGUUGUAAGGAACAUUCUUAACGUGGCAGCGUCCACAGCCGCCCACGGAAAGGUGUUGGAUUACAAAGUGUGUUUUGCCAGAUCUUUGGUAGCUUGCCAUGUGGCCCGAGUGUCUGCUCCCUUUCUGACACCAUGUCGGACUCUGCACAACACCACACAGCUUUGUCAAGUGAAUGAAACACCUCAGCACACACAGGAAGAGGUCGGGGCCUUCACCAAGCUCAUUGAGGCCAUGGGCUUUACGGGACCCCUCAAAUACAACAAAUGGAAAAUCAAGGUUGCUGCCUUGCGCAUGUACAUAUGCUGUGCAGAGAAAAUCAAUUAUGAUGAAUUUUUUGAAAGAUGUUCUCUCCCUGACACACUCAACUCGUGGUUCUUGGUUACACUACUGCAUGUGUGGAUGUGCUUGGUGAGGCUGCGUCAGGAGGGUCGAGCGGGAAAGUACAUGUGUCAUUACGUAGUCGAGACCAUGUGGGGGGACGUCGUGCAGAGGAUCAAAAUCAUGGAUGUCGACGCCACCCGUCGAAAUGAAGCAACGAAAGUAAUGACGGAGCUGUUCUACGUAGCUGUAUUUAGAUACGAUGAGGGACUCCUGUCAGAUGACAGCGUGCUGGCAUCGGCUCUGUGGAAGAACCUGUUCUCUAGUCAGUGUGAAGACCCCAGACAGCUAGAACUCAUGGUGGAGUACGUACGUAAACAGAUGCAGUACAUUGAUGCAUUGGACGGGGAGGACCUGCUGCUGACUGGAGAGGUGAAUUGGCGCCCCCUGGUGGAGGAGAAUGCGCAGAGCAUCCUGAAGGUGUCUGCGCCCACGUACAAUGACACUGGACUGUGAACCCAAGACACGGUUUCUGUUUUCCUCUUGUCCAAAGUUCACUUCAGGGUUUAUGGCUGCUUCUGUCUCUUCCUGUCCUUCUGUUUACUCCUUAAAGGUUUUAUUUUUCUCUUUCUUUCAGAGUAUAUCCCACCUUUCACUUUUACUGCAGCUUUACAGCCCCUCAGAUCCACAUCCUCCGUCACUCCUGGCCCACCGUGUUUGUACUGGAGCCAAACUGUGAACCGUAUUUUGUGAAUCCAGAACUUUUCUGGUCUGGAGGCAGGGAACCGCGGCGUCACAGGUCAUUACGGAGGAGAUGCGAGUCGUUUAGAAGAACUGCAGUGACCUGCUGCACCACAAAGGGGAAGUCUUCUCCCUGAACGUACUAGCAGUGACACGGUAAAACAAACAGCUUUCUAAAUGACGACUUGCUGGAGUCAGUAAAAUGUGAUGUCGCCUCGUUCAUCCCGCCGCCAGGCCAGAUUUCACAACCACGUUAGGUCUUCUCUAGCGUCAGCGGCGUUCCUCACAAGAUAAGAUGAAUAGUCGGGAUUGUUCGGCGUGCCAUUCCUCUCCCUAGUGACACAAAACCACAAUCCUCUCAUUGCAUCUGAGCUCAAAAACAAACUAUAUGUGAAUAUUUGUACUUCUCUGUGAAUUGCACACUAUUUAAAAAAGACAUAUUUUGUACUCUUGUGUUUAAAUGAGAAUUUGGUUCUGUGGUGAUCAGGCACUUAAAGCCAAAAAAGACAAAUAAAAUACUUUUUUUCCCCCACUAGACUAGCAAACGGCUCCUUUGCACUCGUCAGUUUUCCCGUAAUGUUGUCCCAACACUACGUGGACGUCAACUCUGUAUUUAGAAGGGGUAAUUUGUUUUUACAGAGAUUCAAUAAAAUAUUUUCUGGAUGGUAUUA